AUGAACGGGUCGGCUGAUAGAUUCGUCAGGAAAAAGGUGGCCAUUGUUGGCAGUGGCUGUGCGGGAAUCGGCGCUCUCUGGGCUUUGAACAAGACCUAUCAUGAUGUCUACAUGUAUGAAGGCGCCGAUAGGCUCGGCGGCCAUACAAACACGGUCAUGUACAAGAAGGGCAAGUAUACAACAAUGGUUGAUACAGGCUUUAUCGUCUUGAAUACGGCCACAUAUCCCAACUUUAUCAGGUUUCUGGAUAAAAUCGGUGUCAAGACCGACCCUACCGAGAUGACCUUUAGUGUUUCUCGAGAUCGCGGUGCUUUUGAGUGGGCUGGUUCUAGCUUGACUUCGCUAUUCUGCCAAAGACGAAACAUUCUCUCACCUAGGAUGUGGAGGAUGAUCUUUGACAUUAUCCGCUUUAACCAAUUUGCCCUGGACCUGUUGAUAAACGACGAAGAAGACAUGUCCACAGACCUGGGGGGUGAUAUGAUGAACCACGUCUCCCAGGAUGAGACAAUCGGAGAGUACCUGGAUCGUGAAGGUUACUCGGACGCCUUCAGAGACGACUACCUUAUCCCCAUGACCGCGGCGGUGUGGAGUACAAGCCCAGAUAAAUGUUCACUAGAUUUUCCAGCAGUGACUUUGGUUCGGUUUCUAUGGAAUCAUCACCUGUUGUCAACAGUAGCUGCACGGCCGCAGUGGCUCACAUUGAGGAACGGAUCCAGCUCUUACAUCGACGCUGUCAUGAAGGGCUUCCCCCCGAAUCACUUGUUUCUCAAGACACCAGUCAGGAAUAUUUCUACCGAGAGCGACGGUAAAGUCAGAGUUCACCUAGAAAACGGAUCCUCAGCGGUCUACGAUCAUGUAAUUCUUGCGACACACGGAGAUGAAGCCUACGAUCUUAUUAGGCCAUCAGCGACCGAGCAAGAGCGGUCUAUCAUGUCGUGUUUCAAGACAUCGCAGAACGAGGCAGUUCUGCAUUCUGACCUUUCCAUGAUGCCGGUGAGACAAAAGGCGUGGACCAGUUGGAACUACCUCACACUGUCAUCGCCAUCGUCACGAAAGGCGAAUAUCGACCAGGUCUCGCUGACCUAUAACAUGAACAUCUUGCAGCACAUCCCUCGCAACACGUUCGGCAACGUCUUGGUCACUCUGAACCCUCUCCACAAGCCUAAGCCGGAGCUGACCCAAGGACGAUACUACUACUCGCAUCCGCUGUACACGCCUUCCGCAGUCCGAGCGCAAAAGCUCUUGACGCAUAUUCAAAACACCCGUGGCAUUAGUUAUGCCGGGGCGUGGACCAAGUAUGGCUUUCAUGAGGAUGGCUUCAGCAGCGGACUACACGUUGCUCAGGAACAUCUUGGAGCAAAGCUACCUUUCCAGUUUACGGAUUCUACCUACAGCAGGGGAAAGAGGCCGCGUCUGGGCCUGGUAGACCAUCUACUGCGUUUGUUCAUCCUGAUCAUCCAGGUGUUUGUGGUUCAAGUCAUUGAGCGAUUGUUUGGUACGGGAACUCGACAAAGCCGGCGACCGGUGAAUGGCAAUAAUGGAAAGAUUGCCAACGGAAAGUACCAAUGA